AUGGAAGACCUAGACCUUGAUAAGUCCUACGGUGGCAUUUUGGUACCACCUAAACUACCAGCGAGACCAAAGAAAAGCAGACCAUGGGUCAAAUGGAACGGAACUAAGCCUAUCACUGAUCCGGCUCAACUUCCUCGUGGCUGGCACAUGAAUGAGGACGACCUUCACCCUGGCGACAUAGAUGGCCAGAUCGAAAGAUGUCUUGAGAGAAUUGCCGAAAACAUAACGCCCCAAAUCUUUCAGCAAAGGCUGGAGGAAUUCAUGGCUUCAAAGACGGAGCUUGAAGCGAUGACCUUCCCGGGGUCCGAAGAGCUCAGCUGGGAGAUCAUUCGGCGGGUGCAUGAAUUGGAGGGCAUGAAAACAGAUAUAGCGAAAACGGCCGAUGAAUACGAGCAGCUUCUAAACGUCGACGCUCUUUUGACAGCAUAUAAAUCGGAAGAGCUUGAGUGGCAUGCUGGGCUUGUUACAUAUUGGUCGAGAGGCGUCCAAAUCUGUCAACCAACACGAUUCGAUUGGGAUGAAUUUGAAGCGAUUAAUCUCCACCUCCACGGUGGCAAAGGGCUUUGGAUGGAAGGGGUGAAACUGGCCGUUCGUCUUCCAGGAAUGAUGUGGUUUGCCGAGUUAGACUUCGUCCACGAUAACCCUUUGCCGCGACUGUUGGACCAACAAUACCGGUCAUCCCGUAUUGCAAGUGGCGCCUACAUCACCAGGCAGGCCAUUGAGGUGGAAGUCACAAUUCUCGAAGGAAAUCGUCAGAAAAUUACUGCUUGGACUAGAACCAGAUGCUGUCUCAAUCCAGGAAGCUGGACAUUGAGUAUGGUCCCCCGUUUACACAUCUCAAACACGAGAUCAGAGCUUAAUCUGCGAGAUCUGAACCUGGCCAGCAGCCCGCCGGUGCACAAUCCGCAAUAUAGAUCGCCCCUUCCAGUCCCGAACAUUCGCCCCCGGGUAUGGUGGGUGGGUAGCACCGCUAGCAGGACCCUUGGUGAUGCUGAACGCAGCACCUGGAGCUCCUCCUUGAGAGACCAAAAAACCUAUCAUUCCUCUCUUGGACUGGCGCUCGUGCUCGAUUGA